CAACAACUCUUGUUACUCAGUGUUCUUUUAAAGAAUAAAACGCGAAACAUCUUUUUAAAUUCGUUUAGUCGGUUUGUCAUGCCUGCACAGAAUGGAUGUUUGUUUUUUUGUGUCACAACAGGUCUGUAGUUGUUGUAAUUGGCACUUUUAACGGUUUUGAGUCUCUUCACGUUGCUUAAGACUGUUAUCGACCCAUGGGUAAAGUUCAUCAGUAUUUCUAACAACAUGGAGGUAAAGGAUGUAGAGAAGUGUUGCUGUGUAGUCAAGGUUUUUGAGACUUUUUUAGGUAAGAAAGCCGUGAGUUGCAGUGGGGUUAUCGUCGAUCCUCAAACUGGAAUAAUAUUAUGCACCGGGCUCCCGUUUUCUCGUUUCAUUGCCGACAAAAAGGAGCCCCUGUCUGCAGACCAAAGGUUCAUAUCACCUCACAGCUUCAGUGAGAAACUCAAAAUCCGUGUUAGCUUUCCUCCAGAUCUGGACGCCAGCCUGUCUGCCCAUGAAGAGGCAUUGUCACCCUCCAGAAACAAAACAACACAACAACGGGAGGUAGCAGCCGAGUUGUUGAUGCUGGUGAACUGCCUGGAGUUCAAGCACGCUUUUCAGGCACUUUUCCAAGAGGCUGACCAGUGGAGUUUCCAUGGCAACGAAGAGGAUGAUAUGCUGAUUAAAGAUGCUCAGUUCUUAAGCUGGUUCGCCAUACUCAAAGCAAGUGAGAUUGCAGACAGCAGUCAGAGUUCAUGCACUAUACCCUGGCAGAGUAGCUCAUCUCUGCAGAAAGGAUGUCCUGUUGUUGCAUGUGGCUCACCCUUUGGCUCCCUCUGCUUGGAUCUCUUCAUCAGCACUCUCAGCAGAGGUAUCAUCAGCAACCUCGCUGGAGAGGACAACGCUGUCAUCCUCACAGAUGCUCGGUGUUUGCCAGGAACAGAGGGUGGAGGCUUGUUUGUGGUUAAAGAUGCAGAUGUGCGCCUAAUUGGACUGAUUGUGUCUCCGUUUGGGUGGAAGGCAAACGAGUGGAUAGGCCUCACUCUAGUCUGCUCCAUCCACUUGAUCUUUAAGAGCAUCAUCAACUGCAUGAGCGUUAAAGACCCACUCAGAGAUGUUUGGCUCCAUAAGGGAGAGGCAGAACUUCUUAUGUCCACCACAGCUCAGGAGUCAAAUGUUGUGAAAUACCCCACUGUGUGCCUCGUGGAUAGUGGACAGUUGUGGGGAUCUGGGGUUGCUGUCACAUCUCAGCUGGUUGUGACCUGCCGGCAUGUCGUCAACGGGAAACCAACAGUCACCUUGAAGUUUCAUCACAAGGACAGAGUCCAUGAUGUUAUUGGUGAUGUCCUGUUUUCCACCAAAGCAUCAUCACCCUAUGAUCUGGCUUUGGUGCAGAUGAGAGACUCUGUCAAGAAGACCUUAGCUCCUCACAUGGCUCAGAGUUUUAAUCCAGGUGAAUCUGUAGUUGUAGUGGGAUAUGGUGGGUUGGGUCGGAGGAGCGGCCCGUCCUUGACUUGUGGUGUCCUUUCCAAAGCCAUAAAGUUGAAUGGCCAGCCUGUCAUGCUUCAGACCACAUGUGCAGUACAAGCAGGGGCCAGCGGGGGCGCUGUAGUACGGAGACACACAGGAGAGCUGCUGGGUAUUGUGUCCAGCAACACAAGGGACAUAGCUUCCAAAGUGACCUACCCACAUCUCAACUUCAGCAUCCCAGUGACUGUUUUCCAGGGACUGUUGCAACACUUUGAUGACACAAAGGAUGCUGAUGUUUUCAGAGAGCUAGACACCACAGAACAAGACGUCAGGAGGGUGUGGAGGCUACAGGGGGCUCCAAGCAAACUUUAACAGAAGGCCCCUGCACCAGGGAGUAUGCUAGAGAAAGUCAAGAGUUAGAUUAUAAGCAAAAUUAUCUUUGAUUAUCAUAUCAACAGAUGUAUUAUUUUAACAAAACAGCUGUUUUGUAAUUUAUUACUCUCAACUUUUAUACCUCACUUUGUCAAAAAGACAGUUAGUAGGUCAAAGAUCUAAGGGAGUUAUUGCAACUGAAGCGAGAAUCAUUAAUUUUUAAUGCUGAAAGAAAGAAUAAUGCAGUAAACAAUGUAAAUUAUUUAAAGGGUCACUUGAUGUUAAUAGGAAGUUUAAGUGUGUUUAAGCCUUCCUUGUUUUGAUGAAAUGU